AUGUGCGAUAUUCGACCAUAUAAAAAUCAAGAUUAUGAAGCACUUAAAAGUAAACAUAACUCAAAAGACUUAUUCGUCGAUCCAGAAUUUCCAGCAACAAGUAAAUCAAUAUAUCAUUCAGGAAAACGUUUAACUGAUGUUCAAUGGCAUAGACCAACGACAGUCUUUCGAAAAGCUCAAUUUGUAAUUGAUGGUUUUCAACGUGGCGAUCUCGACCAGGGGGAAAUCGGUAAUUGUUGGUUUAUUGCUGGUUCAGGUGCAGUUACACUCAAUCCUGAUCUUCUCCAACGUGUCGUUCCAUCGAAUCAAUCAUUUGAUAGUGCUGCUUAUGCUGGGAUUUUUCAUUUUCGCUUUUGGUUAUAUGGUUAUUGGUAUGAUGUUGUAAUUGAUGAUCAAUUACCAUUUCAUUCUGAUGGUAGACUUGUAUUUUGUCGCAAUAAAAAGGACAAAAAUGAAAUGUGGGCUCCAUUGUUAGAGAAAGCCUAUGCUAAAAUAUGCGGUUCAUAUGAAGCAAUGGAAGGUGGCUUUACAACUGAUGCUUUAAUUGAUAUGACUGGAGGAAUUGAAGAAGCAUUUGAGCUCAAUAAUGCAUCAACAGCAAAUGCCGAGUUUAAAGAAAGAGUCAAGCGCGUUCUUUGGCAAGCUUAUCUACGUAAAUCAAUGCUUGGAUGUUCAAUUACUGCUGAUCCGAAUGUAACUGAAGCUCGACUUUCCAAUGGUCUUGUUAAAGGUCAUGCUUAUUCAAUAACACGAGUGGCUGAUGUAACAACUAGUUCAGGUCCUGUUACUCUUGUUCGAUGUUUAAAUCCAUGGGGAAAUGAAACUGAAUGGAAUGGAAAAUAUUCGGAUAAUUCAAAUGCAUGGAAUGAAAUCAGCGAUGAAGAAAAAGAAGAAUUAGGUGUAAAUGCAAUAAAUGAUGGAGAAUUUUGGAUGAGCUUUGAUGAUUUUUUUUCUAAUUUUCAUCAAUUACAUAUUUGCCAUCGUGGACCGGCUAGUUUAGGUACAACAGAAGAUGAUGCUGGUUCUUGUACAUGGACUAAUUUAUUUCGGGAUGAUAAAUUAACAUGGAAGGAAGAGAUGUUUCAUGGUGAAUGGGUUCCUGGUUCAACAGCUGGUGGUUGUGGUCAGCCGAAUAAAGAAAACUAUUGGAUAAAUCCACAAUAUUUAGUACGAUUAAGUAUGAUUGAUGAUGAUGAUGACGAAAACCUCUGUACAAUGAUUGUUGCUUUAAUGCAAAAAGAAACACGCCAACGUCGUUUACGUGGUCUUGAAGGUGAAGAUUAUAUGCAAUUUCGUGUUUUCAAAAUAAAAGGCGGUGUUAAUGUUCAAGACAAUAUUGAACAAGGCAAUUUAAAAUUUUAUAUGAAUCAACUUGAACGUGUUGGAGCUAGUGGAUCAUACAUAAAUCGACGUGAAGUAACAAAACGUUUUCGUGUUCCACCUGGUGAUUACAUUAUUAUACCGAGUACAUAUGAUGCUGAUAAACCAGGCAAAUUCUUACUACGCAUGUUUACUGAAAAACAAGCAGAUCAAGCACAACUUGACCAAGACAAAGAAGAUCUAACGGAAGCUGACGUCUUCUUUCAAGAUGAAAAUAUUGAUGUUCUAUUCGGUGAAUGGUCGAGCCUGUUUGGAGGCGAUGAAGAAGAAGUAGCACCACCCAAACCAAUCAAUCCGGAUAUUGGUGGUGUAUUUCCUAGUCCACGUCCAGACUUACCAAGCAAUUUUGAUGGUGGUGACAUAAAUGACAAUGAGAUGUAUCCUCAAAAACGAUUUUGCUCAAUAAUGUAA